AUGCCAUCCAUAUAUGGAUCCGUUACAUCGAACACUGUACAUAUUAAUGAAGAAAUUAAUAUACAAUUUCACAUUCAAGCAAACAGCAGUUUUUCAAGAAUAAUACAUCAUUACGAUACCAUAGGAUCACAAGAUCUACCACGGGCAACUGACAUCUCAUCGACAAUACCAUCUAAACGAUUGAGUACUGUUGCAACGGUUUUUAUUGUUUUGGCUACUGUCGCAGGUUUUAUUUUUCUAUGUGGUUUACUCUGGUACAUUUAUCGAAGAUGGAAACGGCAUGAAUCAUCAUCAACACGUGCAAAAGCAAAACCCUCAACUACGCCUACUGUUCCAGUUGCUUUAGUUGCGCCAAAACUUCCACCAGUUGAUGAAUUACUUCAAUGUCGAAAACCUCUCUGUGAAGAUUACAUUAGAAAAUUAAGCCUUCCAAAGGGAUAUUUCGGAAUGAAGUACGAUAAAUGCUUUUGCAAAAAGUGUCAUAAUAGGUCAAAAACAGAUGAUAGAUGUGGAAAUGAUUGCAUGGAAUUUCAUGGCUGGAUUAAAUUAGGUCUUCGUCCAAGUCAAGCUCAUACGAAAGGGCUCCAAGUUUUUAGAGAAUGGAAAACCAGCUAUUAUGGAACGACACCAAAUCGAUUAUCAUCUAUUUUAGAUAGUCGUUUCGUUCCAUUGGAUGGCGAUACCCUCAAAGAUGGAACUCAGUUUAAAAGUGGUCAUCCAGAUCCCAGUCAUUGCACUACUUGUCCUUCACUGUCCCAUGCCAGUGAAUCUAAGUUUGCAGCAGGUUCAACGUUCAAAGCGAUCGAUGGUAAUAAUUAUUACGUUCGAGUAGUGCUUCAAUGCAAGCAACGUCCAGUAAAAGCACAUCGUGCAAAUAUGAGAUAUAUUUUGUCAAUACUUGCCACUGCUAUCUUGCUUGUUAUCGAAUCAAGGGGGAAUGAUACAAGUGCAAAUGGAUUUUCGGCCAUGCGUCUAACGUCCACGUGUAUCGAUUUUACUUGUAACACUGGUCACUGUAUUGAUUCGACUACAGGUCCUAGUUGUAUCUGUGAUGAAGGCUUUACUGGUGUAAAGUGCGAUCAGCAAACCUCAGAUUUCUAUCGUCGAAUUCAACUUAUACCGGGCCUUGCUGAUCCAGAUAUUUUGGCAAUUAACGAUGACUUGUUUUAUCUAACCGGUACUUUCGAUGGCAUGGUUUUACCAAUGUUUCAAUCUACUGAUCUGAUCAAUUUUCAGCUAAAAACUACGUAUAAUCCUUCAAUUUCCGAUUCUUUAUAUAAGUACUGCUUAAUUUGGGCGCCUGAUCUCUCAAAACAUGGUACUGGUUAUGAUCUAUACUUUUCUGCUCAACGUGUAUUAAAAAGUUCAUCUUGUCCAGUAAACGAACAAGAUGUUACUACAUUCUAUACAAAAGCAUCGGAUAAUAAUCUUAUUUUUGGUGCACCAGUACUUGUAGAUUUUGGAAAUGGAGCUCCUAAAGGAAGAAUUGCUAAAGGUUGUAAUACUGAUGGAUGUUUGAAGACGGUUCGUAUUGAUUCUGCAAUUGUUGGGCCAGAGGAUAAUCGUUGGUUUUUUUAUGUAUGGUUCUCAGGAGGAAAUAAUAUAGCAUCAUUUCCAUUGGCUUCACCAACAAGUCUAGUUGCUAAUGCAGGACCGGCUUCCUUUUCUAUUCCUUCCAGUGAAGAAAUGAUUAACGAAGCACCUGAAGUAUUCUGGCGUGAAGGACAGUAUUAUUUCUUCAUCAGUACAGCAUUCUUCGAUAGUCAAUAUUCAAUGUCCUAUAUAAUGGCACCGACUAUUGCUGACCUCACACGGAAACGUGCGGUACGCAUUCAUUCAAAUGCACAACGAAAUUCAGCAGGAACACUAGUUCAAAGUCAUGGGCAUAAUUCCAUAGUUGAGAGACGUGGCCAAUUCUUUAAUAUAUUUCAUCAAGGCACUUUUGAUAGUACAGGACGUUUGAUCGAAAGAAGCACAUUUAAACAACGUCUCAGUUUUCGAUCGGAUGGAUCAAUACAGACAUUGAACACAGUUAGUAUUCGUUGGACCCAACUUCCUCUACAUCAAUACUCGAUCGAUAUAGUUAAGAAGGAUGGAUCUGUGAUAGGUCCAUGUAUAAAUUUUGUUCGAAUUGGAGCAAAACUCGAAGCAUCAUUUAUUGGUAUAUGUCCUGAUGGUGGUGAUCAAUUGGUGAACAAGGGUGAUAUUAUUGCUUUCAGAUUAUUCUAUACUAGAAACAGCAUAUGGAAAGAUUUUGUUGAAGUAAAAUACGAUGGCGUAUCCGACCAAUUAGCCUUUUACUUAUCAGGUGGCAUUACAAAACAUAUAGUACUUCGUUGGAAUGAACGUCUAACAGGCACAAAAUACUCCAUAGAUGUUCGUCACAAAGAUGGAACUUGGAUAGCUCCGUGUGUUGGUGAUCUCAUUAUUGGUAGCAACAUUGAAUACGUCUUCGAUCGUAAUUGUCACACAGCUAAGGUUUUUAUUGAACCCAACGACAUUUCAUAUAUUCGUGUGUGCUCUGCUAUAAACAAUGAUUGGGGAAAAGCAAUCUGUGGUGGUCUACCUUACGAUGGAAAGAUGAUAUAUGUAUCCGUAACUAUUCCCUAA